AUGGGAAUGUGGGGCAGUGGUUUAGGUAAGGCCUGUUUCUGAGAGAGAGCCCAGCUUUGAUUUGCUGUCAGAAAAUAAUAAACCAAACCAUUCCUGCUAAGGACUCCCUCUUCUUCUGCAGGUUUGUUCAUACAGCUUAGCUUUCAGUCUGCUUUCAAUAAUGUUCCUCAGCAGCUGGCAGGCUACAACACACACCUGGAUAAACACACUCCGCUCGAGCUCUUGUCCUGUUCGCUCUCGCCGCUGAAGACCAUUGGCUGCUGCGGGGGCCUUCGCUGUCAGGCUCCGACCGCAGAUCAAUCUCACUUCAGCGGCACUGUCCAUCUCCACAGCAGAGGGACGCUGCGGCCAAAGGCCCACCCAAAAUCCCCGCAAAUCCUCCCCCUGCAGAGCAAGCGGGACUCGCAGCAGCGCGCAUUACCUCAGGAGGCUGACGCGAGCCGGCCCCUCUCUCGUCCUGUGCGAUCGUAUCAGCUCGGGUGA